CAUGUGACUUCAUAUGCAAAACAGCCAUUUAUAUCGCUUGUAUGUCACUUUUCUGUAUAGUAACAUUUUCAUUUCCAUUUAUGGUUAAGGAGUUGAACUGAUUACGUUGAGUUAAAAAUCAAGUUAUUAAGAUUUAGAACCAAAUUAAGAACCAAAAUUCCAACUUUAAACGCCAGGUAUUAAAGUAAAAUAUGGAAGCCGUCAUUCAGCAAAAAGUCAUAGAGGUUGCCAAUCACGUUGAGCAGCAGUUAGAUGCAGAAUUGGAGAAGCUUGAUAAUUUGGAUAUCAAUGAUUACGAGAAGAUACGUACACACAGAUUGAAUGAGCUGAAACGGAUGCAAAAACAGAAGCAAGAUUGGCUAGUUGCGGGUCAUGGAGAAUAUUCCGAAUUAUAUGAUGAGAAAGAGUUCUUCGAAGUAUCUAAAAAGUCAGAGAAUAUAGUUUGUUUAUUUUAUAAAGAUGAUUCUCCACGAUGUAAAAUAGUGGAUCAUCAUUUUAAGAUUCUCGCGAAGAAGCAUAUUGAAGCGAGAUUCUGCAAAUUAAAUGUUGAAAGAUGCCCUUUUUUGACUGAACGAUUGCGAAUCAGAGUUAUACCUACAAUCUCGUUAGUCGUGAAUGGUAAAACCAAGGACUAUAUUGUAGGCUUUACUCAAUUAGGAAACUGUGAUGAUUUUUCUACAGAAACGUUGCAAUGUCGUCUUGCACAGUCUGGCGUGAUUAAUUAUGAUGGUGAUCUGCAGUCUUCACUAGAAACUAGCAAAAAGCCAUUUAUAUUUAAACCCUCAAAAUCCAAGACCAUCAAAGGACGUAGCUCAGAUGAUUCUGAUGACGAUUGAGAGAGAGAGAUUGUAUAUCACAAUACAAAAAAAAA